AGAGGUUGCCCAGGUGUAAAGUCCACACGGUGUGGAGCCCACUCGAGUCCCCAGGCUGCCGGGGGCCGGUCAUGGAGAACAAAGCGGCCGCUCGGGACCCCGGCGACCGGGACCUGUACCGCCAGUUCCAGGAGUGGUGCCUGAAAACCUACGGGGACUCGGGCAAGACCAAGACCGUGACUCGCAAGAAAUACGACCGCAUCGUGCAGUUCCUGAGCGGCACCGAGCCCAGCUCUGCGGAUAACGCCAAAUUCAAAUUCUGGGUGAAGUCGAAGGGCUUCCAGCUGGGAUCGCAGGGGGAGCCCAAGCCCGGAGCCGGCAAACAGGUCCUCUACGUGCCCGUCAAAACCCCGGAUGGAGUCAGUGCUCCUGAGAAGCAGUCGUUAAAAAGGGUUGCAGUGGUCGAAGACUUCUUCGAUAUUAUCUACUCCAUGCAUGUGGAAAUAGGUGCAAAUGGAGAAAAAUCACGAAAACAUGCUGGUCAGAAAAGGACCUACAAGGCAAUUUCCGAGACCUAUGCCUUCUUGCCACGGGAAGCAGUGACAAGAUUUCUAAUGAGCUGCUCAGAAUGCCAGAAGAGAAUGCAUUUGAAUCCAGAUGGUGCAGAUCAUAAAGAGAAUGAAAAGCCAACAUCCUUGGGAAGCGGUAUCAUAGAUUAUAAUAUGCCUAUUACAAUGGCUUAUAUGAAGCACAUGAAGUUACAGUUGCUGAACUCGCACCAAGAUGAGGAUGAACAUUCACUGAGCAGUGAGGAGUUUGAGCUCAGUGACUCCACAUGGAUGUCAGUUGAUCGCAUGAACUCUGACCAAAGCUCUACCCUGGAGGAGAGAAUGCACAGUCCCCAGAACCUUGAUGGUCAUCAAGAUGAAGAUUCAUCUGUGGAGUGUUUCAAUGGAAAUGAGGCCUUGGUGCUUAAUUCUAACGUUGCAGAGGAGAGUCAUUGUGGGGAGAUGUAUGAGAGCAUGGCAGACAUUAAUGGUAAUGGUACAGCGAAUGCAGACCACUCUGCUAGCCAGGAUGAGCAACCAAUAAAUCUGAGUGACAGUCCUCUGUCACUCCACGUGACACCAGACUACGGUACCGAUAAUAGCAGUAAUGGAAGAAGGAGCCGCAUCAAAUACACAGUUACCGAGAUUAAGAUGGAGCGAGAUUCAAGAGAAUUGGGAAGCAAGUCACCUGCUCACAGCUAUUCCAGCUACGAGUCUCUUAGAAAUGAAAGUGUAGGAGGUGGCCCCGAGGAUCUGUCCGUCAGCAGAACUAAUGAAGAUGAUGAUGACCAGGAUGACCACGAUGACGUUGAGAAGAUAAAUGAAUCUGAUGGAGCAGAAUCUGAGCGUCUUAAAGCUUUUAAUAUGUUUGUGAGGCUGUUUGUAGAUGAAAACUUGGACCGAAUGGUCCCCAUUUCUAAGCAGCCCAAAGAAAAGAUCCAGGCAAUCAUUGAGUCAUGCAGCCGGCAAUUCCCUGAAUAUCAGGAGCGUGCCCGGAAGCGCAUACGCACUUACCUCAAGUCCUGCAGGCGGAUGAAAAAGAAUGGUUUUGAGACGUCUCGUCCCAUCCCAUCGCACCUCACAUCUGCAGUAGCGGAAAAUAUCCUGGCCACAGCGUGUGAGAGUGAGAGCAGGAACGCAGCCAAAAGAAUGCGCCUGGAUGUGCGGCAACAGCAGCAGGAUGAGCCCAUUGCAGUGAGCAAACAGUGGAUGAGAGAAUCAACCCAGGUCACUUACACAACCCCAGCCGUUUCAUACUCUCAGGAGCUAAUGUACAUUAAUGGCAAUGCGAGCUACAGUUACCAUGGCUACGGAGGGCUGGGUAGUGGGAAGCAGAAUCCAUCUUCUUUAUCAAGUGAUGGUACUAACAGCGGCCCUGCAGAUCUCAGUGUGAAGAAACCACUUGCAUCACACUCUGGGUCCUCCAACAUUAACAAUUCCAAAAGCCCGCCGGCACAACUGAGUCCCACUGAAAUAAACGCAGUUCGGCAGCUUGUUGCAGGAUAUCGGGAGUCAGCAGCCUUUCUACUCCGCUCGGCAGAUGAACUAGAAAAUCUGAUUUUACAGCAGAAUUGACCUCUAUGAGCUUUGCAUUGAUCUGCCCCUUUCCUAGAGUUAUCCUGUUGGUGUUUCAAUUUCUGGGCUUCUCUCUUUUACUGGACAGUUCUAUGGGGGGGGACAAAAAAGCUGUCGUAGUAUCAUGUCCUACCCCUGAAUGUGAAGUAAUGCUUUGGACUGUUACAUCUGAUCUUUUUAUGAAGAGCCUUCUUGUUUGCAGCCUGAAUGAAGCUGCUGCCCAUUCUACUUCAUACGUUCUAACUGAGGUCACUAACAGAACAUGAUCACAAAUUGGUUAACCAUCUUCAGUGACUUAGUCGCCAAGUAAAAGCUGCAACAGCAUCAAUAUCGUCUUACGUUCCAAGUGCAAUAUGAGUUAAAGGUGCUACUGAGUUUACGUUGGACAAAUGCAGAGAUUAAGAAUUUAAAAAAAGUAUUUGUCUAUGAAAAAGAAUAAUGUUGCUCUUAAUGUUGGAGUAUAGUUCUGGUUUUGUGGUGGGGGGCAGAGGUAAGGUGGGAGGAGGGCUGCUAAACGAAUAUCAUUUAAUAUACUGGGUGUACGUAUGCCUUGGGUGGUCACACAUCCCCUCCUCUCUCACAUGCACCUUUGACAUAUGUAUGGGUUAUUUCCUGCUGGCUGCUCUGGUGCCUGUGUAAAAUGCAACUGAACGCAAAAUGAACAAGUUGUUCAUUCGAUUGGUUUGAAUCUGAUGUUUGUUGGAAAAAUAAACAAAAAAAAACCUUUUGACUGUGGGAUGUAUUUCACUGUUUAGGUUGUAUAUUUUGCAAGUAACAAUCUUUGUACAGUUUCAUUUUACAGAAUUCUAUUCAAAGGAGGCCAUGGGACAUUUUUGACUGUGGGAUGUAUUUUGCUGUAGGUUGUAUAUUUUGCAAGUAACAAUGUGAAAUCUUUGUACAGUUUCAUUUUACAGAAUUCUAUUGAAAGGAGGCCAGGAGACAUUUUUGAUGUGAUGUGCAAAAUGUGCAGUUUGCUGCAAUAUUUUGUGUGCAAGAUUCUUAAAGCUGUGCUCUGUACUGACUGGAUGCAGUUCUCUCACAAUUACUGUGGGUGUACUUAUAUUCUGUCACUUAUUUUAUAAAUUAUUAAUUAUACAUAAAUUGAUGUUUAGUUUGAGUUGUUUAAGACCAUUUUAUCUGUUCUACUUGGGGGAAUAAUGCUUUUGCCUUUCAUGUUUAACUAUAAUUUAAAUUUUGUAUUUCUGCUGUGCAGUUAGUGACGAGGUAUAGUUGGUUUUCCUGUAUAGGUUCUACCGUUGUGAAUUCCUUAACAAAAAUUGUCUUAUUCACGUUGAUUCCCACUUACAUUUUUGAUAAUUGUGUUAAUUGAACUGGUAACAUUUUGAGUAAAUGUGAAUUAGUGUUUUUCAAUUUGUUAACAACUCCUGACUGUGAUUGUGAACUCCGUUCUGUGCACUUUGUUCUAUAGUAAUUGGACAGCACUGACAUCUGAAGCUUUUUGUAAUGUUGAUUUGAUUGAUAUAUUGCUUUACAAAGUCAAAAUCGUUGGUAUUGUAGGUGAAUAUAAAUGUGAAAAAAGAGACACUGCUAUUAUCCAAAUAUUUGUGGGGUUUUCCUUUUACUGCAGCGUAUACCUCUUAUUAGAACCAAUAAAUAUUGACCAAAAAUUACAGUUUCAAAACAUCUUCACAGAUAAUAAGGUACAAGAAAGUAUCAUUCUAGUGAAUUCCAGUGAUUUUGUUUCCCAGUUAAUAAGAACUAAUUUUGAUGAAUUUGAGAUGCACAUACUUUGUAUCAGUCAGGAAACAUUAUUACAAGUAGUUGACGGGUUACUGCUUUAUAUCUGAGGCUUUAGUGCCAGCACUAGCCAAUUAACUUUGAAGCAGGUCUCACUGAGGUACGGCAAUCUGGUUGCUGUGAAAUCCUGUUUCAAAUGUGCAUUUGUUAUUACUAUUACCAAUAUGUUAGCACUGCUUCAAGUAAAUGC